AGACGAAACACGUUGAGCGCUGACAGGAGGCGCUCCGUGUGAAAUGGGUCGGAUAUUUUUGCAGAGGAAUAAUGUCGGAUUUGAGCCCGAACAUGUGCUAACGGAAUGAGAAAUGACGCGAAUGACGGUUGUUUGGGUGUCUUUUUAUGAAAUAACGCGGGUUAAACUUGGUGUUCGCCAUGUUUUUAGCUUUUUGGAGAAAUCAGCUGCUAAGUUGUGCGAAAGGGCACGCACCAGCACGUCUCAGCGCUGCUCCAGCCCCGAGCUACACACAUGUCUGGGAGUGUAAAGGGUCACCUCCGAUCUGCCGCCACAGCAUUCACCUGUCACGCGCUAGAACAGACACUACACCUCUUCAGAGAUGGAAAGCAAAGUUUUCCUUUCCAGGAUAUCGGCCCGAGUGUGUGCACUUAGUCGAGCCAGCGUUUCCCACGAGUCAGCCAUGCAUUACCAAACUUACAGCAAGGACGAAACUGACUCCACUAAACAGACUUACUGGACCAAACAGCUCUAGCGGUCAGAUACACACCCUGAGUCGGAUUUGGAGUGACGGUGUUCGUACUGGCCUUCACUCGCGGUUAUUAAAGCGAUACUGUACUGCAUCUGGUAAACCUGCGAUUAAAGAAGAUCAGAAAUCUGUGAAUCAGGAAACUAGUGAAUGUGCCUCAUCUUCCUCAUCUUCCUCUUCAGCCCCUCCCUCUAACGAAGUGCAGUUCAGAGAGCUGUAUGAAAAUCCAUGGACGAUCCCCAACAUCCUUUGCAUGGCCAGGAUUGUCCUGUCUCCUGUCCUGGGUUACUUGAUCAUGGAACAGUAUUUCCAUGUGUCUCUUGGACUGUUCGCUUUAGCAGGAGCGACUGACCUGCUGGACGGCUACAUUGCUCGAAACUGGCCGAACCAGAAGUCGGCUCUGGGUAGCGCUCUGGAUCCACUCGCUGAUAAGAUCCUCGUUAGUGUGCUGUAUAUCAGUUUGACCUAUGCACAGCUUAUCCCAGUUCCACUCACAGCACUGGUGAUCUCCAGGGAUAUCGCUUUAAUUGCUGCAGUUUUCUACGUCCGUUACAAGACUGUGCCUCCUCCAGUUACUCUCAGCAAGUUUUUCAACCCAUGCUACACUACUGCUCAACUUAAACCAACUCUUAUAAGCAAGUUUAAUACUGCAAUCCAGCUGUUUCUGGUGGCUGUUUCUCUCGCGUCUCCCAUCUUCAACUACACUGACAGUGUUUUCUUGCAGGCACUGUGGUAUGUCACUGCAGUGACAACUGCAGCAUCUGGUUACAGCUACUACCACUAUGGAAGAAAAACUGUAGAAGUAUUGAACAACAGAAAAUAGUUCUCUUGUGUUGUCACCAUAACUUGAUAAAGCUGAAAUUAAGGCUGAAAAAGGCUGGGAAUCAUUUUACUGACUGUCUGUGUAUAUGCUUCAGAUUGACGAAGAAAUCUGGUUUUCUUUGGAACUAAAUUUAUUACUGUACAGCAACCUUUUGAAUGAAUUAUUUUGAUAUCCCAGUGUACCACAACUGUCUAAUAUAUCCAGUCAGGACACAGUCUAUACUUCUCUGGGAUGUUAUUUUGUACCUUUUUUCAAUUACCACCACAAAUUUCUGAUUAAAAACUGACUUUAAAAAGGUUCCUUUUUUUAUUUAAAGUUUUGUACGAGAGUCAUUGCUGGGAUUUUUGAUUGUGCAAAAUAAUAGAGCAUAGUUAUGAGAGUAAAGACUACCUUUAUUUCUCAAAAAAAUCCUCUGCUACACUAAUGCACUUAUCUCUAGUGUUGAAAAUCCAUCAAUUUUUACUCCUGAACAAUAAUUGUUUGCUUUACAUCUAAAAUUCUGAUCUUCCAGGAACUCAUUUAAUGCCCCAAACAUGUUAAAAUGGCUUAGAGUGAGGACUGUACAGGGAUGUAAUGACUCCCAGUCUUGUUCCUGUAAUGUGCAAGUGGUGUUUGUGAAUGAUUGUGUGUAUACUGUAGUUCUCACAGACAGAUGAGUCUUUUUUGCUAGUAGGCAACAAGGAAUCCAAAAAUCUUCCAAAGAUCAGGUGCUCCGGUUCGUCUGCUUUUUACCACAUUUGCCUCAAAUUUUGAUGUGUUUCUGUAUUCUGCAAUGCUUUCCUGGCCAUCACC